AUGGCUUUCUCUGUGGCUGGACAGGAGAACACCUGUGAUGCAAACAGCAGCGUCUACUAUGUAGGAGAAUGGUAUUUUUUAGACUCAGACCAUUGCACGCAGUGUGAAUGCACCACAGAGGGGUCUUCUUGUGCACGGACGGAAUGCACCUCUUUGCCCACCGCUUGCAUCCAUGUCAGCCACUAUCCCACUGAUUGCUGCCCAAGAUGUGAGAAUAUAGGCUGUGAGUACCGGGGAGAGGUGUACGAACUGGGACAAAACUUCCAGCCAAGUGAGUGCGAGCAGUGUACCUGUGACAGUGAUGGCAUCGCACGCUGCCUGGUGGCAGACUGUGCCCCCCCGCCCUGCGUCAACCCUGUCAACACCAAUGGGAAGUGCUGCCCUGAAUGCCCAGAGGGGCCCAACUGCUAUGUGGAUUUGACCCGCAGCCAGGUGAUCCCAGGGGUGGAACCUGUAUGGGUGGACUCCUGCACAAAGUGUCGCUGUCACGACUCAGGUGACGCUGGCUACUGGGAAGGCAACCACUUGGCCACCUGUUCUCGCGUACAUAACUGCACCCCAGAAGAGGCUAGCCAGAAGAACUGA